CCUGCGAUCCAACUCCCCAAUGGCAGCGGCCGCCAGCCCCGCGUUCCUUCUACGCCUCCCGCUUCUGCUCCUGCUGUCCAGCUGGUGCAGGACCGGGCUGGCCGACCCUCACUCUCUUUGCUAUGACAUCACCGUCAUCCCUAAGUUCAGACCUGGACCACGGUGGUGUGCGGUUCAAGGCCAGGUGGAUAAAAAGACUUUUCUUCGCUAUGACUGUGGCAACAAGAGAGUCAUACCCAUCAGUCACUUGGGGAAGAAACUAAAUGUCACAAAGGCCUGGAAAGCACAGAACCCAGUACUGAGAGAGGUGGUAGACAUGCUCACAGAGCAACUACUUGGCAUUCAGCUGGAGAAUUACAUACCAAGAGAACCCCUCACCCUGCAGGCAAGGAUGUCUUGUGAGCAGAAAGCCGAAGGACACAGCAGCGGAUCUUGGCAGUUCAGUUUCGAUGGACAGAUCUUCCUCCUCUUUGACUCAGAGAAGAGAAUGUGGACAACGGUUCAUCCUGGAGCCAGAAAGAUGAAAGAAAAGUGGGAGAAUGACAAGGAUAUGACCAUGUCCUUCCAUUACAUCUCAAUGGGAGACUGCACAGGAUGGCUUGAGGACUUCUUGAUGGGCAUGGACAGCACCCUGGAGCCAAGUGCAGGAGCACCACCCACCAUGUCCUCAGGCACAGCCCAACCCAGGGCCACGGCCACCACCCUCAUCCUUUGCUGCCUCCUCAUCAUGUGUCUCCUCAUGUGCCCCAGGCACAGUCUGACCCAAAGCCAUGGCCACCACCCUCAGUCCCUGCAGCCUCCUCCUCAUCCUCCCCUGCUUCAUCCUACCUGGCUGCUGAGGAGAGUCCUUUGGAGUGACAGCUACCAAAUAGCGAAGCGCCCCUUGUCUGGUGGACACGUGACUCGCGUGACGUUACCUAUCAUUGGAGACGACUCACACUCCUUACCCUGCCCUCUUGCCUUGUAUACAAUAAAUAACGGCGCAGCCAGGUAUUCGGAGCCACUACAGGUCUCCAUAUCUUGGUGAUUCCCUGGGCCCAGCUGUCUUUUCUUCCGUCUCUUUGUCUUGUGUCUUUAUUUCUACGAUCUCUCAUCUCCGCACACGAAGAGAAAAACCCACAGGCCCUGUAGGGCUGGUCCCUACAACUAUGAGUGUAAUCCCAGAAGGAGGGGUCUGGGAGAGCCUUGGUACACCUAAUUGAAAAGGAGGGGGUGCAGGGCUGCCUUCCCACAGAAAGUGACUUGGGUUCCAGGAAUUAAGGUGGAAGGCAAAGAGUAGAGGCUGCUCAUGAAAAAAAUUUUUAAAAAGUCAGUCCCAUGGACCCAUGGGGUUCGAGUCCAGACCUUGAGGCAGCUCCCUUGCCAUCACCCUCCUGCACACCCCAGAUCCUGAGCCCGCUGAUGGCCCUGCCAGGAGCAGAGUGGACUCAGACAUGGGGGACCUGAGCUGCUGCUUAAGUCCAUGGGCACCACUGGGCUGGACAAGGAAUGAACAAGGUGGAACAGGGACAGUCACCUUCAGAGCUAUGGGUGCUGAUUGCAGUGUGAGGAGAGGCUGAGGAAGAAGGGGAAGGAGGAAUAUUUGCCUGCAGGCCCACCCAAUGCCAAGGACACAGGAAUACAGAGCCCUCUCUUUGGAUGGGCUCCCCCUACCCCUUGCCAUGUUUUAGGCCUUCUCAUCAGAUGGUAGAGAGGGCCUUGAGUGAGGGAGCAGGCCCAUCACUACCAGCUUCAGUCCUGCAGGCCCCUCCACUCCAUCCCCUGGUCAGGUGCAGGGCCUGGGCUGACACCGUGAUUUGACGAAGGAGGAAAGAGGUUGCUCCAAGCUGCAGGUGCCAGGGUUGGGGCUCAAUGGAAAAACGGGUCCUUUAGUGCAGUGGGCUCUGAGACGUGGAGUGCCUAGGGAAAGACUGCCCUGGAAAAGUGAUCCAGGUUCUCCUUCAUCUCUUAAACCAACAUUUGUGUCCUUUUUGAAAGUUAAAGAUGAUACCAAAAAGCCCCUGUGAGCAGGGUCUUGAUCAAACUCGCCCUUCUGUCUGGCCACCUGCCCACCACCUACUGUGUAUGUCCAGUGGCCUCCAGCAGAUCAUGAUGACACCAUGGACCCAAUAGCUCAUUCACUACCUUGAUUCCUUUUGUCAAUAAUUUUACCAGCGGUUAUUCCUAACAUCUUAUGCUAUUUUUUAUUGGUGCUACCUGAUGGAAUUCCUGCAAUUAAAGUUCUGGCUGACUAAACAAGGUAUGUCAACAUUUUCUUUCUUCUGCUUUUGUUUGAAAAAUCAAGUACUUUUUGAAUGAUGACCUCUUUCUUCCAAAUGAUACAGUCAGUAAAACAAUCAUGUUAGACUU